AAUUUGUUGUCACUUGUCGAUAGAAACUGUUUUGAGAUUCUAAAAAAAGCAUUCGAAUUUGAGUAAAUUAAUAUAAAUAAUAGCUAACGAUGGACGUCUUUAAAUACAUUCCCACGCAUAUUGAUUACGUCGGACAAGCUAAAGCAGAAAAGUUAUACCGUGCGAUUAUAACUCUCUUCAGUAUCGUCGGAUUUGUAUGGGGUUAUAUUGUUCAACAAUUUUCGCAGUCAGUCUACAUUUUAGGCGCCGGAUUUAUCUUAGCUGCUAUUCUAACUUUACCACCAUGGCCAAUGUACAGGAGGAAUCCACUUAAUUGGCAAAAUCCUAAGAAGACAGAAGAAAAACCGGCGGCGAAAAAGACCAAAAAAUGAAGAUGUUUCGUAGUGACGUGUCUAUGUUAAUUUUAUGUUACAAACUGUGAAAUUGAGAGGAUCUAUUAACUUUUAAAUAAAAUACACAAAAAAAUA